ACGAGCGGAUAAGCCCCCGCGCCCGCACACAACCGUCCCUCCACUUUCGCGGCUUCGCCAUGGCCACCUCUACCACCACCACCACCGCUCUCCACCCCCAGUUCCGGCCGCCGUCGCACCCACGCGCACCCCGUCAGCUCCGCCCCUUCCUCUCCUCCUCCUCCUCCUCCUCCAGUGUACGCCCCCGCUUCUCCGUCCGCGCUGCAGCGGCGUCGGCGUCCGCUCCGGCGCAGCGCGAGGCCGUCGCGGGUGUCCCAUGGGGCUGCGAGAUCGAGUCCCUGGAGAGCGCGGCGUCGCUGGAGCGGUGGCUCACCGCGUCGGGUCUCCCCGAGCAGCGGCUGGCCCUAGAGAAGGUGGACAUCGGCGAGCGCGGCCUCGUCGCGCUCAAGAACGUCCGGAAUGGAGAGAAGCUGCUCUUCGUGCCCCCGACCCUCGUCAUCACCGCCGAUUCGGAAUGGAGCAACCGCGAGGUUGGGGAUGUGAUGAAGAGGUACUCUGUGCCGGACUGGCCGCUUCUCGCCACCUACCUCAUAAGCGAAGCCAGCUUGGAGGGUUCGUCGAGGUGGAGCAGCUACAUCGACGCAUUGCCUAGGCAGCCUUACUCGCUUUUGUACUGGACUCGCACCGAGAUAGAUGCAUACUUGGCGGCUUCCCCAAUCAGGGAACGGGCAAUUUCAAGGAUCAGUGAUGUGAUUGGGACAUACAACGACCUUCGAGAUCGAAUAUUUUCUAAAUAUCCAGAUUUGUUCCCCGAGAAGGUAUACACCAUGGAGAACUUUAGAUGGUCCUUCGGCAUUCUCUUCUCACGUCUGGUUCGUUUAGAAUCAAUGGACGGAAAGGUUGCACUAGUUCCUUGGGCAGAUAUGCUUAACCACAGCCCUGAGGUAGAUGCAUUCCUGGAUUAUGACAAGUCAUCGCAAGGAAUAGUCUUCACCACUGAUCGUUCGUAUCAACCAGGUGAGCAGGUGUUCAUAUCCUAUGGGAAGAAAUCCAGUGGUGAGCUAUUGCUUUCCUAUGGUUUUGUACCAAAAGAGGGAACAAAUCCAAAUGAUUCAGUUGAAUUCUUGGUGUCUCUUAACAAGUCUGAUGAGUGCUACAAAGAGAAAUUACAAGCACUAAAGAAACACGGUUUGUCAGAGUCUGAAAGUUUCCCCUUGAGGGUCACAGGGUGGCCAGUUGAGCUGAUGGCUUAUGCCUUCCUCGUAGUCAGUCCUCCUGAGAUGAUUCAAUGCUUUGAGGAGAUGGCUGUUGCUGCAUCCAAUAAAGGUUCAUCCAAGCCUGCACUUAAUUAUCCCGAGCUGGACGAGGAGGCUCUUCAGUUUAUCUUGGACUGCUGUGAAUCUAGUAUAAAAAAAUAUACCAAGUACCUAGAGGGCGCCAAGGGUUCUGCGGAAGUCUCCAUCAAUACAAAGCAGGCCAACAGGACCUUGCUACUAAAACAGCUAGCAAGAGAUCUGUGCAUCAGCGAACGGAGAAUCCUGUAUCGUUCACAAUACAUAUUGCGUAGGAGAUUGAGGGACAUGAGGGCCGGCGGUGAGCUUAAAGCUCUGUCACUAUUCACUGGUCUCAGAAAUCUCUUCAAAUAAAUGGAUGGGGUAUAUGCUCUGCCCCCUGAAGGUUUCGGCGAGCAAUGCUUGUGUGCCUCCGUUGACUUGUUCCACCUCCUGUUGCUGGUGAGCUCAGGUGUUUGCCUGCCAAAGGCAUAUUGCAGUAUCAGGCUAAGAUCUUCUCCGGAGUUGCAACUGAAUAGUAGGAAAAACUCGCAAAAGAUUGAUGUGAAACAAAAAUAGCUGCGAGUUGUUAUUGAACAGCCCUGAGCUUGGCAUACGUGUAUAUGUGAUCUAGGGUGCUGCAGCGCAUCUGUUUAUCUUUUCUUUUGGACAUCUAGAAUUUAUUAUCCAUGUAAAAUUCUUCUACGA